GGAAUACUCUAAGCGCCCGCUAAACGCACAGCGAAGGAAGAUGAUGUAAUUUUGCCUGGAACUUGAAGGUGUUUGCUUUCAAACAAAAGUCUCUCGCCUUUGUUUUCAUAUGUUUGUACGCAAUACUCUGACUUUACGGGUCACAUAGCUAUGAGAAAACAACAGUUUUGCUGAGGAUUGAAUUGCAGGACGACCUACAUACAACUCUAAGCAGACAGGUUUGGAAGAAAUAUUUUUCUAAAAUAUUAUCGAUGGGAUUGACAAUUACAGAAUUUAGCGAAUAAGGAUAUACCCAUGGACCCCAAACUUGCUCAGGAAAGUGGAAGCGUUAAUACUGAGGAAGAGGCAGCAACAUACAGCAAGGAGGAUGAGUUCUUAAGCCACUUGUCCCAGGAAGAGAAAGAAUGCCUCGGGUUUUUGAUUGAAACGAUUGAUGCUUUAGAGGUGGAUCUGGAGGACGAUGACAAAGAGGGAGAUGGCAUCAUAAGUGAUGGGUUUUAUGAGUUUUUAGGAAUGGUGUGCAGCACUCGACCAACAAAAGAGAAAGCAAGACCCAAUGAGUCGAGACCCUGUGAUAUUGUUGGGGUGAUUGGAAAUGUAGAGCCAGUUGCCAGCAGUCCAGCUGCUGAAAUGGUCAACGUCAGAGGCCUGGCUUCCAUUCCUGGGCUUGGCCCAACUCCAAAACAAAAGGCGUCAACCAAAGGAGACAAGAAGCAGGUGAAGAAACUGAAAUACCACGGAUCUGAAGACGCAAUGGGGUUAGAGUCCGGUGCCCCAGGUCAAUCCAGGGUGUCCGAGCCUGAUGAACAAGGCUCACCCAGGUCCCUCACUUUGCUGCCGGCCCAUGCGAAAAAGUUUGACACCAUCUUGAGGUCGGGGGUGAGUGUGCAGGAGCUCCGUGCUCAGGUUCUAGCUCGCCUGAGUGGGUCUGCCCAGAAGCAGCCGAGCAGUCAGCUGGAGGGUUUGGCGGCGCAUUCCGACUCCCUCCGAUUACUUGCAACCCCUGAACAGAGGGCAUCAAGACAGGAUGCCCUGCAGAGACUGGGACUGUGGAAGCUGACUGGAGACGCGUCCCGCGGCAACAAUGCCGUCUCCACCCAACCGCUUGCAACGGAAAAGGCUCAGAAGUCGACCUCUCCACCGUCAGCUGCAGAGAAGGAUCGUGAAGCAGCUUUGAAAAAGCUGGGCCUCUUAAACCUAUAAUGUUGAGUAAUCUCUUGUUGAAGACUGUAAGAUAGUUGGUUAGUCACUGUCAUUCAGAGUAAGUUUUCAAUCCAGUCCCCCUACCCUUAAUAAAGCCAAUAACACGUGUCAAGUGUGCAGCCUCUGAGUGUGGUCACAGAGGCUUGUUAAUGAAGUAGCUCUCUAUAAAUCCACUUGUUUCCCUAGUUCUGCAAUUACACAUUAAUAAUUCACUGAGUUUUCCUAAAAUACCCCAUGACAAUUAACACGGAAAUAUGGUCAGCAAAGCACAGUUUAGCAAGGGCACGAGAUUGAACCGAAUGGAAAUAAGAAUUUGAACCCCAACUUUAAAAUGGAAAAGGGAAACUAAUCAUUCACACCGUGCAGGGAACACAUUAUGUGCACUAUUAUGGGUGUGAGCCCACAUUCCAGCGUUGUAUUGUGUUGGUUGUAAAAGCUGUGACACAGGGCAGCAUUGUUUGCCUUCCCGCUGGCAAAUUGAAAUUACAUGGAGCUCAUAUGUCAAAUGAUCACAUAUUUGUUACAUUUCCAUUCAUCAUGGUGUCAUUAAAAUCUUGCAUCUAUUACUAUUUUACACGUCAUUUUGUUUUUUUUAAAUGUCAUUCAUUCCCUCAUUUCAUGCAUUUUAUGCACACCACAUGUAUUAUUUGGAGCAUAUACAGUAGAUGCAUAGAGGUUAGUGGCUCUUUGAAUGAAUAAACAUUUGUUUCAAAUUCUUGUUCUAUGUGAUGAGUUUGUUCCUCCCACUUACCUAGCCUGGAGAAGCUAGGUAAGUACUUGUAUAUUUAUUAUUUUGCCUGUAAUGGAAAAGUAA